AUGGGCAAGCAUUCACAAUACGGCGUCAUCCUUGACGCCGGCUCGUCCGGUACCCGGGUCUACGUGUACAAGUGGAAGAAUCCUGCCAGAGCGAGUGCAAAGGCGUCCUCCGAGGAAGAGCUUCGCAGUCUGCCCGAGAUCAAACUAAAAGAUAGCAAAAAAGUCCACCCUGGCGUCUCGUCCUUCGCAGAGCGACCCAGUGCUAUUGGCAAAGAUCACCUGAAAGAACUCCUCGAAGUGGCCUACAACAAGAUUCCCGCCGAUAAGAUCCCUGAGACACCUGUUUUCCUUCUCGCGACGGCCGGUGUUCGCCUCCUACCAGAUUUUCAACAAAGAACGCUCCUCGGCAACAUUUGCCAAUGGCUUCAGAAGAACACGCGCUUCGAUCUGCCGGACUGCAGUACACAUGUUCAAGUCAUCAAGGGCGAGACUGAGGGGUUGUACGGUUGGAUUGCGGCAAACUAUCUGCUUGGAGGUUUCAAUCACCCGCAAGGGGAGGGGAUCGGCCUCGGCCAGAGUCACCACCAUACGUAUGGUUUCCUCGACAUGGGCGGAGCUUCGGCUCAGAUCGCCUUCGCCCCGAACUCAACAGAGGCGGAGAAGCACGCAGACGAUCUCAAGCUUGUGCGCAUGCGACAUCUCGAUGGCAGCCCGGCUGAGUACCGCGUCUUUACGACAACAUGGCUAGGCUUUGGCGCGAAUCAGGCUCGCGAGCGCUUCGUCAAGAACCUGCGGGCGCAGUACAGCCCUGAGACGAAUGAGAUACCAGACCCAUGUAUGCCGCAUGGCCUUGUCACCAACAUGCAAGGUGAUCCGAUUGCCGGUCAGCCGACCGAGGGCGAACAGGUUCUGGUAGGGAUUGGGCAAUUCGACGAAUGUCUGCGUCUUACGUAUCCCCUUCUGGAAAUGGAUGCCCCGUGCGACGAUAAACCUUGUCUCAUCAAUGGCAAGCAUGUCCCUGCACUCGACUUCAAAGUCAAUCGCUUUGUGGGCGUUUCCGAAUAUUGGCAUACAACGCACGGCGUAUUCGGAGGCAAGGAUACCCCUUACGACCUCGAGGCGUACCAAAAUAGCGUACUGGAUUAUUGCAGCCGCGACUGGUCGGACAUUGAGCGGGAUGACCUAGAGAAGCGCAAAAAGUCUCCGGAGAGGAAAGCCGAAGAUGCGCGCGAAGCUUGCUUCAAGGCUUCUUGGCUCAUCAACAUGCUCUACGAUGGCAUCGGCAUUCCACGCGUCGGCUUGGAGGCACCAAUCUUGAAUUCCACCGACAUGGACGGCUCCUUUCAGCCAGUGGACACUAUUGACGGAGUGGAGUUGAGCUGGACGCUUGGCAAGAUUGUACUCUACGCUGCGGGCCAGGUACCGAGCAUAGGAGAACCUUUACCCGUCGGCUUUGGCACCAACGUGGCAACAGGGACGCCAAUUGAUUUUGAGCACGCUGGCUCUAUCCCACAGAUGCCAUUCACAGGCGGGCUGGACGAUGAGAUUGAGGAUGAAGACAUCAACACGGAUGAGCCCGUCUACCGGCCACCGCCACCAUCUCACAAGCCCACUCCCAAGAGGAAGGUGAACCUGGCGCCCAUCAUAUUUGGCGCCAUAUUCCUAAUCAUUAUCAUUUUCUUUGUUCUCCGCCGGCCGGAGCGCAGAAGGCGUCUAUGGAAUCUGGCACGCCGCCGCAGUCGCUCUUCUUCAGGUCGCAAGCCCAAAGGAUCGGGUGGCCGAGCACUCACUCUUGCGAAUAAGAUUUUUGGCAGAAGCCACCAUCAAUACGAGAGAGUUAUGGAAGAGGGCGAGGCCGCUACGAACAUGGAGCUAGGCGGUGCCGAGGUGGACGAAUUCGAUGCCUCUGACAGCAGCGAAGGAUCCAAGGGGCAGAAAUCCGCCCUGGCCUCAUCAAAGCAAGAUGAAAGCAACUGCAAUAGCGAGCUCCGUCCUCCCAACGCCUUGGACCGUCGAGGUCUCGCCGUCCGGACGGAGAGCAGAGAGCGCAUGGGUGCAAUUGGUCGACGAAGCAGAGCAGCGAGCCCCCAGCGCCAGAAGAGCCCUUUAGCUUCGCCCAUGGAUCGAGACUAG